UCCUCGUGUCGGUGGGACCCCGAGCCGAUCGAUCGAUCGAAUCGAAUCCCCCGCCGCCGCCGCCUCCUCGCCGUCGAGCUCGACCGCGCCGCCGCGUUGCCCCCCUCUCCUCCUCCUCCCCCGGCGACGCGUCGGUCGCUGAGGGAGCUUGUCUUGGUGCUCGCCGCGUUAAACCCCGCGAGGCGGCGAGCAGGGGCUGUGAUGGUGGUGAUCGAGCAGGAGCCGGAGGUCGAGGAGACGCCGGCGGCGGCAGAGGAGCCGGCUGCCGAGGAGCAGGCGGCGGGUGGUGCGGCCGGAGGGGAGGCGGCGAGGGCGGAUGGGGAAGACGAGGAGGAGGCCUUCGAGGACGCGCUGACCGACGAGCAGCUCCGGGAGAAAGCUAGAAGCCAAGCAAAUGAUGCAAAGGCAGAAGGGAACAAGUUUUUUGGUGCUGGAGAAUAUGAGAGGGCAUUGUCGCAAUAUGAGACAGCUUUGCAAAUUGCUGCUGAGCUGGAAUCUGCCGAAGACAUACGCUCCGCAUGUCAUUCAAAUCGUGCUGUAUGCUUCUUGAAGUUGGGCAAAUAUGAUGAAACAAUCAAAGAAUGCACCAAAGCACUUGAGCUGAAUCCUUCAUACUUGAAAGCCUUGCUCCGGAGGGGAGAAGCACAUGAAAAGCUUGAACACUAUGAUGAAGCUAUUGCUGAUAUGAAAAAAAUUAUUGAGCUGGAUCCUUCAAAUGAACAAGCUAAGAGAUCACUGUUCCGACUGGAGCCACUGGCAGCUGAGAAAAGGGAAAAGAUGAAGGAAGAGAUGAUCGGAAAGCUCAAAGAUCUGGGGAAUUCUGUGCUCGGGCGCUUUGGGAUGAGCGUCGACAAUUUCAAAGCUGUUAAAGACCCAAACACAGGCUCGUACUCCAUUUCGUUCCAGCAGUGACGACAUGGGGUAGUAACGAGUUGUUUAAAUGAAUAUGGACAAGUACACAUGCAGUCACUGUAAAUCCUGGAAUGCUAAUGUCAUUUGGUUCAAAAACUUUGGCCCUUUUGUAUCAAUAGGUUUGUUACCAUCGCCCGCAGUUAAAUCUGAAGAUGGUGCAUGGACGUUUGCAGUUAUGUUCUGAGAGAGGUGGUUUAGAUGAGUGAACUUGUAUUAUAGGCGUUUGCCACGCUGUGAUUCUCUUCAUUUUAUCAUAGCAAUUCUUGUUUGCUUGAACAUAUGUCGAUUUUUUCGUCGUCGACAGAAUUCAUCUUCAGGCGCUCUCA